CCGUUCCAGACGAGCUUUUUAUCUUUGGUAUUUUGACUGCAGAAGGAAAAUUUUCAUGAAGCCUACGCCCAUGGAGCCGAUGCAGCUUGUUUCUGUGGCAACAGUGUGGUCUGAAAACAGCACUACAUCCGUGGUAGUGGACCCUUCACAGUCUCCAGGCUCUGCAGAAUGGGACAUCAUCUACAUGAUCAUUCCCCCAUACAUCUUCAUCUUAUGUUUCUUAGGCCUUCUCUUUAAUAGUUUUGUUCUAGGGGUGUUCAUAGUCCACAAGGACGAGCUGACUGUAGCAGAGAUUUACCUGAGCAACCUGGCACUGGCUGACUUCAUACUCCUGUGUGGCCUCCCUUUCUGGGCAAUGAACAUCCUCAACAACUUUAACUGGCCAUACGGAGACGCCUUAUGCAAACUGGUCAACUCCAUCAUCAUCAUCAAUUUCUACACCAGCAUCUACACCCUGGUCAUGAUUAGCAUUGACCGCUACCUAGCACUUGUGAAGACCAUGAAGGCCAGGUGGUUGAGACGGACACUUUAUGCCAAGGUGAUCUGCUUCGUCCUGUGGAUAUUAGGGCUUCUACUGUGCACGCCAACUAUGGUUCACAGAAAGGUGAAGUUCAUCGAGGAGUACAAGACAAUGUCCUGUGUACUGGAUUACUCUCAUGAUAGUUCUUGGAAGUUAGCCAAUCAGAUUCUGAUGAACGUGGUGGGCUUUGUACUCCCUGUUCUGGUCAUUGUUUUCAGCAGUGGGAACAUAAUCAAGGCUUUAGCUCAGAGGAGGGAGAGUGUAGGUUUUCGUGACACUAAUGACAGAAAAGCCACAACACUGGUGUAUGCAGUCACACUACUAUUCUUACUGUGUUGGGGUCCCUUCCAGGUAUUCACCUUCCUCAGCAUACUCUGUGAUGUCCAAGCAUUGGAUGAGACACUGUGGUUUCACACUCUCGAUAUAGGAGAUCAAGUUUCAGUGUAUCUGGCUUUUCUCAACAGUGCCCUUAACCCUCUGCUGUAUGUCUUCUCAGGGCAGUACUUUAGGAGGAAGGUUAGUGCCAUCUACAGGAGUACUAGACAUCAUCGCAGAGGAUCAGAUAUGUCCACAUAUCAACGCUCUGUUGUGUCCACUUACAUCAACAGAACAGAGCAGAUUAAGACUAUGGUCAUUUUUAAUGCAAGUGGCCAAAUUUGA